GACUGCCAGCAGUGACAGCAAGAAAAUAAUGGACGGACGAAGCAAGCGAAGCAAAUCAUCUCAGUUUUCGACUUUGUUUACAAAAGAGUGCUAAAUAAAUACUCAUGUAGUAAUUAAUACAAUUUGUUUUGUAGUAGACAACAUUGAUGCCAAUGGAUUAAAAAGUAAUUAUCGUAUAAUACAAUGGAGUAUCAUUACCAAGAUCUUUGUAUGCCAACAAAUCAUCUUAUGCCUGACCCGUAUGCUGCAGAGUAUACUCCACAAUACCUACUGCCGACUCAUGAGGCGGAGUAUGAAGUACGGAGUACUGUGCUGGUGGAUGGCGGAGAUAGAUUUGGUGUGUCUGCUGUGGUGUUUGAUAAAUAUGAAGAGUUAAUAUGGAUGGGUAACCAAGGUGGUCAUGUGACAUCUUAUUAUGGUGCAAACAUGCAGAAGUAUACUUCAUUUCAAGUCCAUCAAUCAGAGGAAGUGAGAGACAUACUAACUGUUGAACAGGGAAUCUAUGCAUUGACUAAGACUAGUCUAAGGCAUCAAAUACGUAGAGGCAUUCCGAAGCACACAUUUAGGUCACAAAAUAUGACUGAUAUGCAAUGUUUGUAUCAAGUCAGCCCAACAAAACUCAUGAUGGGUGGGCAUCAAGAGAAGUUAAUUGAUUUGGAUCUCACAAAGAUGAUUGAAACAGUUCUUCCAAUACAAGCAGAAGGCUGUGCAGUAUUAAGAAGUGGGGGUGGUACUCUAGUAGCCUGUGGAAGUGCAAAUGGUACAGUUGCUCUUCGUGAUCUCCGGUCUCCUUCAGCUUCAGAACAAGUGUUCAAGGCUCACACUGCUUGCUUGUCCGACUUGGACAUGCAAGGGGACUUGCUCAUCACUUGUGGAUUUACAGAAUCUGUUAACGGCGUGGCAGUGGCCGAGCCGUACGUGGUAAUAUGGGACGUACGCUGUCUCCGCGGCAGCAACAAGAUAGAAGGCGCGUGGUCCAUACAAACCGCUUCGCCGCCACUUCUAUUACAUUUCCUGCCCGCGUUCUCCGGUCGCGCUGUUGCGUUGUCAGGAGACGGUCAUGUUGCGUUGUUACAUGUUAACGCGCCUGAUGAAGAGCAGUCAGUGUUUCAAGUGGACACUCACAGUUCGCUGUGCAGCGUGAUGGAUGUAUCGUCGACGAGUCAAGCGCUAGUGUUCGGAGACCAAGCAGGACAUCUGCAUCUGUUCUCACCGCAGCACAAUCACGAACCUGUGUUUAAUAAUUUUUCCAGAGCAACGGAAUUCGCUGAUCAAGUAGUGGGGUUACCGUACGUGAGCUUCAACGACACCACUUUCCAGCACUCGUCCGUGCCGCUGCCGCCGCUCGCCUCCGGCAACAAGUGGUUCAACGCCUUACCUGAAGAGUUCUUCAAGAAGGUCUUCAGGAAACCAAAACCAAUAGACGCCGAAGUGUUGAAGUCGAUGAAAAUGCAAGGCCCGAUCGGCUACGCGCCAAACCCUAGAACGACGAAACGUAAUCAGAUGCCGUAUAUUGAAGACAAUCUAGAAGACUUGGUGGCUUCGCGGCAGAUUGAGAAUAAGUUCAUGUCUCAACCCGUUCCUAAGUAUUAUCAAAAGUUGGACCUUCGGUACAAUAAACACGCGUCUAACGAUGAUUUGGAGCUGUUCAACAAGACUGGGUUUCCAGGACUAGAGUCCACACUCCCGAACUCUUACUGCAAUGCGAUGCUUCAGGUUUUGUAUUACACCAUUCCGGUCAGGGUGGCGUUGUUGGCUCAUUCAUGCGCUAAAGAAUUCUGUCUUAGUUGUCAGUUAGGUUAUCUAUUCAGGACGCUAGAUUCAUCUGGCGGCACGCCGUGUCAAGCGACCAACUUUCUACGUGCGUUCAGAACUAUACCGGAAGCGGCUGCGUUAGGGCUCAUACUGCCAGACCGCGGAGCCGACACUAGAGUGGAUUUAAUGGCAUUGGUGCAGAGUUGGAAUCGCUUCAUACUACACCAGAUCCACUACGAAAUCCUCGAAACGCGCAAGAAAGAGAAAGCGCUGUUGGCCCAUAACGCGAGCAGUCCGCCAAAAGGCCGAAUGGUACCUAAGCCGAGAAGUUUGGGCGGUAUGAACGGGCAAUAUGAUGAGUAUCAAUACACAGAGUUGGAGUUCUUAGGGCCUAAUACCGAUUUCGAACAAGAAGAGAGGGAGGAUGGAUGGAAUGCGAAUAAUGAAGUCAUGUUUGGACCUACGGACUAUUUAGCACUGGUAGGAGAAAACGAGCAAACCAAUGAGAAUCUUGAAUUGGCUAGCGAGAAACAGACGGAACGAGAGGAGUCUGAAAUAUCGCAGCUCUUCGCGAUUGGGCGCCAUCAGCUGAAUAGGUGCCUUAAAUGUAACAAGGAGGAAGAAAGGGAAUCGGUGGUGCUAGCGUGCGCCCUGCAGUACCCAGGCGGGGCCGCGCGCGAGGGCGAGGCGCGCGGGUUCGCGGAGCUGCUGCGGGCUUCGCUGGCCGCGCGCCGCAGCACGCCCGCCUGGUGCGACCACUGCGGGAGAUUCACGCCCACCACGCAGCGGGGCAGGGUUGUGAGAUUACCACCAAUUUUAGCGAUAAACUGUGGCGGUGUGACGGCUCAUGAGAAAGCAUAUUGGGCUAAAGGAUCACAAAAAGACAUGCCAGAAACAGUAAAGAGGGGAAGUAGUGGCAAGCCUUGUCGAUACGGGCUUCAUUGCGCUCGACUCGGGUGUAGAUUCAAACAUCCCGAAAGGCCCGGCAGCCAGUCGAUGUCGUCAAAGUCAAGUCAGGAUUCCCACUGCCUGUUGCCACAUCAGUUGUUGAUCAGAUUGCAGUCUGAUGGAGAUGUCCUUAUCAACGACAAGGGCGACCAAUCCCCAAGCGAACCCCUCACGCCCACAGCCCGUCUGGAUAAACACAAGAAGAAAGUAACCACUCAGUCCGAAGAGGAAUACACUCUGUUCGCAGCCGUGGUCGCGGUGGAGGACAACCCUAAGAAUCUUGUGGCGUAUAUACAGACGGGGAGGGAGGGGGAACAGUGGCAUAUGUUUAACGACUUAUGCAUCGUGCCAGUGAGUCCGGAAGAAGUUGUCCAAUUCAGCGCGUGGUGGAAAUCUCCAUGCGUGGUGUUCUACGCGAGCCCCGCCGCGUCGCACGCCUCAUAGCCGAUGUUGUAUGGGGCCUAUAGCCAAGGAGCUAUGGCCCCAUACGAAAUGAAUGAAGUCUAUUAUCCUCUUCCUCUACCGAUCGAUGAACGAUAUAGUUACAUUCAAUAGUGUCAGACGGUGUGGCGUUAACCAUAAACGAAUAAGAGAUAUUAUGUUUACAGUUCAACUUUGCCUUGAGGCGAGUACUGAAUACCUGUUGACUAGUAUUUAGUCCAAAUUGUACCCAAAAUUGGAUAUAUUAAGGCUCAAUUUAGCUACUACUGUUUUAAAAGAUGAUUCCUAUGCACAAAUGGCAAAUAUUAAAGUACUGAAUAAAAAAACAUAUUUAAAUUGUGAUAGUUAAGCUAGAUAAUUAGGUUAAGUUCUGUCAGUAAUAACUAUAUUUGGCCAACUCAUGACAAAGAUCAGUGUAUUUUUUUACAGAUUUAUUCAGGCUAUUUUAUUCUAUACAAUGUGAGAAAAAAAUGCUUAUUUGCAAAAAGUUGUGAGCCGUAUGGAAUAUAUUUAAAAAAAUUAAUAUUUAAAAUUUUUUUAAAAGACAGAAUCCGUCAAAAAUGCUUGCGCUUCCAUACUUUUUUUUUAAUACUCGGUUGUGAUUUUAUUUAAAAUCCAUUAUUUGAUAUCACUGCGUAGUGCGAGUUUUAUUCCAACUCUGAUCGACUUUGGAUGUUGCCAACCAAUCGCAUUGCGGAAUUGAUAAAACUCGCACUAAACACUCAGCUUUUAGUGCGGGUUUUUCGCCAUCGAAUCAUUACGCAAUGAGACCCAACCAAAUACUCUUAUCUUAUUACAUGCUUGUCGUCGCGUCACAAUGCCGCUAAUGCGUUUGGUUGGUUGCAUCUCACUGCGAAAAUACGCGAUAAGUGAAUUGUAAACCCGCACUAAGGCCAUACUAUAAAUUUCUCAAUUUUCAGAUUUUCAAUAAAUUAUUAAAAUGUUGCGAUGUAAACAUAGACUAUGGUGGCUGGUUACAAAUACAUUUUUAAGAAUA